UCAGCUAGAAAUCAGAAACUUCUCCUCCUCUCUCUCCCUCUUUCUCUCUUCAACCAGCGCUCUGCAGCAGCCGAACAUCUAGUCGCCAUCAGCCACAUUUGGUCUCCGAAAGUGUGUAAAAAUGACAAUGAAACUGGCUUACUGGGACAUCCGCGGGCUCGCCCAGCCUGCCCGCCUGCUACUGGAGUAUACCGGCAGCAAGUAUGAGGACAAGUUUUACGUCUGUGGUCAAGCUCCAAACUUUGACAAAAGCUGCUGGUUUGAUGAAAAACCCAAACUUGAAAUGGACUUCCCCAAUCUGCCCUACUUGGAGGAUGGAGACAGGAAGAUAGUGCAGAGCAAUGCUAUCAUGAGAUACAUUGCUCGUAAGCACAAUAUGUGUGGAGAGACGGAGGAUGAGAAGGUCCGUGUGGACAUCUUGGAGAACCAGGCGAUGGACUUCAGAAACGGAUUUGUGAGGCUGUGCUACACUGACUUCGACAAGAUGAAGCCAGGGUACCUUCAGACGCUGCAAGGCACACUGAAGCAGUUCUCAGAUUUCUUGGGAGACCGGAAGUGGUUCGCUGGUGAAAAGAUCACUUUUGUGGACUUCAUAAUGUACGAGCUGUUGGAUCAACACAGAAUGUUUCAUCCUACGUGUCUGGAUGACUUCAAGAACCUCAAAGAUCUUUUAGACCGUUUUGAGGCUCUGGAGAAGAUUGCUGCCUACAUGAAGUCAGACAGAUUCAUGAAGACUCCUGUCAACAACAAGAUGGCCAAGUGGGGAAACAAGAAGGAGUAAUAGAUGAUGCAUUUAGAUGUAAUGAAAAUAACAAUGUUCACAAGUGCAACUGACUCUAACUCGUUAAUCAGGACUGGAAAAUCAUCUGUAGUAUGUCUUUUUUAUAAGCUGUAUACUAGCUGGCUGUUUAGUUUGUGUCCUCUGAUAACGUUACACUUUCCCAAACCAUUUUUAGUUGAAUCAGAAUUAUGUAGAAAAAAUCCAUGUUUGUUUUGAUAGUAAUGAGUAGAAACUUUAAUUUGAGAUAAAGCACUUAAUUUCUACAUUUGAAGAACAUUUUCUGACAUUAAAGUGGAUCUUGUACUGAA